CGGCGAGGCUCGCGGGCGCCGGCCGGGCGGACUCCAGCCGGGCUCUGUCCGAGCAGGAAGCGAGCAGCCGCAGGCCGCCUCCUCGCCCUGGGCCCUCAGUACCGCCCUCGCCCUCAGUGCGGCCUGCGCACCUGCCCUGUCCCGCGCCGAAGCUAGUGCACAGUGCUGCCAGACAUGGAGGACGGGAAGCCCGUGUGGGCCCCACACCCAACAGAUGGGUUUCAGAUGGGCAGCAUCGUGGACAUUGGCCCCGACAGCUUGACAAUCGAGCCCUUGAACCAAAAAGGCAAGACAUUUUUGGCUCUUGUAAACCAAGUGUUUCCCGCAGAAGAGGACAGUAAAAAAGAUGUGGAAGAUAACUGUUCACUAAUGUACUUAAAUGAAGCCACACUGCUCCAUAAUAUCAAAGUUCGAUACAGUAAAGACAGAAUUUAUACGUAUGUUGCCAACAUUCUGAUUGCAGUGAACCCGUACUUUGAUAUACCUAAAAUAUAUUCUUCAGAUGCAAUAAAGUCGUAUCAAGGAAAGUCCCUCGGAACAAUGCCGCCUCAUGUCUUUGCAAUUGCUGACAAGGCUUUCCGGGACAUGAAGGUGCUCAGAAUGAGCCAGUCUGUCAUUGUGUCUGGGGAGUCAGGAGCCGGUAAGACAGAAAAUACGAAAUUUGUCCUAAGGUAUCUGACUGAGUCUUAUGGAACAGGUCAAGAUAUUGAUGACAGAAUUGUUGAAGCUAACCCACUCUUAGAAGCCUUUGGGAAUGCGAAGACUGUGCGCAACAACAAUAGCAGUCGGUUUGGGAAAUUUGUAGAAAUACAUUUCAAUGAAAAGAGCUCAGUUGUUGGAGGAUUCGUUUCACAUUAUCUUCUUGAGAAAUCUCGGAUCUGUGUUCAAGGCAAAGAGGAAAGGAAUUACCACAUCUUUUAUAGGUUGUGUGCUGGUGCUUCUGAAGAUGUUAGGGAAAAGCUUCAUUUGUGCUCGCCGGACAGUUUUCGGUAUUUAAACCGAGGCUGCACCAGGUACUUUGCUAACAAAGAAACCGACAAACAGAUCUCACAGAAUCGAAAAAGUCCUGAGUAUCUUAAGGCAGGCUCCUUGAAAGACCCUCUGUUAGAUGACCACGGGGACUUUGUCCGCAUGUGUACAGCCAUGCGGAAGAUUGGCUUGGGCGACGAGGAGAAGCUCGACCUGUUCCGCGUUGUGGCCGGGGUCUUGCACCUUGGCAAUAUUGAUUUUGAAGAAGCGGGCAGCACUUCAGGUGGUUGCAAUCUGAAGAACAAAUCUACUCAGUCAUUAGAAUAUUGUGCUGAGUUACUGGGUUUGGACCAAGAUGACCUUCGAGUAAGUUUGACCACGAGAGUUAUGCUAACAACAGCAGGGGGCACCAAAGGCACAGUUAUAAAGGUCCCUCUGAAGGUGGAGCAAGCAAACAAUGCCCGAGACGCGCUGGCCAAGACUGUCUACAGCCAUCUCUUCGACCAUGUGGUGAACAGAGUGAAUCAGUGUUUCCCUUUCGAGACGUCCUCCUAUUUUAUCGGGGUCCUGGACAUUGCUGGCUUUGAAUACUUUGAACAUAACAGCUUUGAACAAUUCUGUAUCAACUACUGCAAUGAAAAACUCCAACAGUUUUUUAAUGAAAGGAUUCUGAAGGAGGAACAAGAACUCUACCAGAAGGAAGGCUUAGGUGUUAACGAGGUGCAUUAUGUGGACAACCAGGACUGCAUAGAUUUAAUUGAAGCAAAAUUGGUGGGAGUACUAGACAUUUUGGAUGAAGAAAAUCGCCUUCCCCAGCCAAGUGACCAGCACUUCACUGCCGCGGUUCACCAGAAGCACAAGGACCACUUCCGACUCACUAUUCCCAGGAAAUCCAAGCUGGCGGUUCAUAGGAAUCUCAGAGAUGACGAAGGCUUUAUCAUCAGGCACUUUGCAGGGGCUGUGUGCUAUGAAACAACCCAGUUUGUGGAGAAAAACAAUGAUGCUUUACAUAUGUCUCUUGAAUCCUUAAUAUGUGAGUCCAGAGAUAAGUUCAUACGGGAGUUAUUCGAAUCGUCCACAAAUAACAACAAAGACACUAAACAAAAAGCAGGAAAACUUAGUUUCAUCAGUGUGGGAAACAAGUUUAAGACACAGUUAAAUUUGCUUUUGGAUAAACUUCGAAGUACUGGCGCAAGCUUCAUUCGCUGCAUCAAACCUAACUUGAAGAUGACAAGCCACCACUUCGAAGGGGCUCAAAUCCUGUCCCAGCUCCAGUGCUCAGGCAUGGUGUCUGUUUUGGACCUGAUGCAGGGUGGCUUCCCUUCACGGGCUUCAUUUCAUGAGCUCUACAACAUGUACAAAAAGUACAUGCCGGAUAAACUCGCUCGGCUGGACCCCAGGCUGUUCUGUAAGGCUCUUUUUAAGGCUUUGGGCUUAAAUGAAGUUGACUACAAGUUUGGGUUAACGAAAGUAUUUUUUAGACCUGGCAAGUUUGCGGAGUUUGAUCAGAUCAUGAAGUCAGACCCUGACCACUUAGCAGAGCUGGUUAAAAGAGUCAAUCACUGGCUGGUCUGCAGUCGCUGGAAGAAAGUGCAGUGGUGUGCGCUGUCCGUCAUCAAGCUGAAAAACAAAAUAAAAUACCGAGCAGAAGCUUGCGUAAAAAUGCAGAAAACUAUUCGGAUGUGGCUCUGCAAAAGGAGACACAAACCACGCAUCGACGGCCUGGUGAAGGUGGGCGCCCUGAAGAAGCGGCUGGACAGGUUUACCGAGGUGGUGAGCGCACUCAAGGAUGGGAAGCCGGAGGUGACCAAGCAGGUGCAGGCCCUGGAGGUCUCUAUCGAUUCUCUGAUGGCCACGAUUAAGUCGACGAUGAUGACCAGGGAGCAGAUACAGAAGGAGUACGACGCGCUGGUCCGGAGCUCGGAGGAACUUCUCAGCGCGCUGCAGAAAAAGAAGCAGCAGGAGGAGGAGGCAGAGAGGCUGCGGCGAAUUCAAGAAGAAAUGGAAAAGGAAAGAAAGCGGCGCGAGGAGGAGGAGCGCCGCCGUCGGAAGGAGGAGGAGGAGCGGAGGAUGAAACUUGAGAUGGAAGCAAAGAGAAAACAAGAAGAAGAAGAAAGAAAGAAAAGGGAAGAUGAUGAAAGACGAAUUCAGGCCGAGGUGGAGCAGCAGCUGGCCCAGCAGCGCGCCGAGGAGUCGCAGCAGCAGGCCGUGCUGGAGCAGGAGCGCCGGGACCGCGAGCUGGCGCUGCGCAUUGCCCGCAGCGAGGCGGAGCUCAUCAGCGAGGAUGCCCCAGCAGACCCCGCACUGCGCAGCUUGUAUUCCUGCCACAUAACUUCUAAAGAGGAUGGAACAAGACCCAAAAUGACACCGGAACAAAUGGCCAGCGAAAUGUCAGAGCUUUUGUGUAGAGGCCCUGCUGUCCAAGCCACCAAGGCUGCUGCUGGCACCAAGAAACACGACCUCAGCAAGUGGAAGUACGCAGAGCUCCGUGACACCAUCAACACUUCUUGUGACAUCGAGCUGCUGGCGGCCUGCAGGGAAGAGUUUCACAGGCGCCUCAAAGUGUACCACGCAUGGAAAUCCAAGAACAAGAAGAGAAACUCCGAAGCCGAGCAGCGUGCGCCCAAGUCUGUGACCGAUUACGAUUUUGCACCAUUUUUGAACAAUUCACCUCAGCAGAACCCAGCUGCUCAGCUUCCUGCCAGGCAGCAGGAGAUUGAGAUGAACCGGCAGCAGCGAUUCUUCCGAAUCCCAUUCAUCCGCCCUGCUGACCAGUACAAAGACCCCCAGAACAAGAAGAAAGGCUGGUGGUAUGCCCACUUCGACGGGCCCUGGAUUGCCCGGCAGAUGGAGCUGCACCCUGACAAGCCGCCCAUCCUUCUUGUGGCUGGGAAAGAUGACAUGGAGAUGUGUGAGCUGAACCUGGAGGAGACGGGCCUCACCCGGAAGCGCGGCGCCGAGAUCUUGCCGAGGCAGUUUGAGGAGAUCUGGGAGCGCUGCGGGGGCCUCCAGUACCUGCAGAGCGCCAUCGAGAGCAGGCAGGCGCGGCCCACCUACGCCACAGCCAUGCUGCAGAGCCUGCUCAAGUAGCUGCUGCUGCCGCCCACCCGCAGGCGCAGCCUGGCCGUGUGCUAAGGAGAGGGCCGGGAGAGCAAGCCGCCUUGCUGCUAUUCGGGUCAUUCUGCAAGUGACCAGAUGUUACUAAUCAUGGCCUUUCGUUAAUGUGUUUAGGGUUAGUUAGGGUUAUGGGGUGAUUUUUAGGACCUUAUGGUUCGUUUCCUUGCUCCAGCUGUAGCUCUGGAUCUUCUCUUCACUCUGAUGCUUUUCAGGCUUGGACAGAUCCCGUCUCUUGGCCUGCAGACUGCCUUAAGGCCGUCACGAUUGCUCUCACAGGAAAGAUAAUUUUGCAGCUAUUUCAGAAGAUGUAGUCCUUUAUAACUGGAGUAAUGAAAUUGUGGCUUAAACUUCUUCUGGGAAUUAAGGCACUUGAAAUGUCAAGGCACUGCUGCUUGGAAAACGCCAGGAAAGCUGUGUUUUGUCUUACGUUUCAGAAAUUCUUAGAUACCUCCUCCAUGACGGAAAUUCUGGCUUUUCCCCUCCUGCGCAGCGUGUCUUAGUUUGGGUGAAGCACUUCUUACUGACUUCUAGAAUUCUGGAAUGAGCCUUAAUUUAUUCGGCAUGUUCUUUGAUAAAGGCAGUGCUCAUGUCCAGCACUGACUGGGUUUUCUUUUCUAUCAAGCUGUGUGUUGCCAUCAGAAUAUUUUUUAAAUAUAUAUUUCAUGGGCUAAUAAAGGAAUUACAGACUGUUCGGACAUUUAUAAGUUCUGGGAUAAAUUUAGUUUAAUUUAGAAAGGGAAACAGCUUAGGUAGCCCUGGCCUAACUGGACUGAAUUCAGAUACUCUUUCAGCUUCAUCUCAGAUGUGCUUUUUGUGUGAGAAUCUUGUCCAAGCUGUUUCAUGGUUUAAGCUGCUGUUUGUUUCAAAUAUCUGUUUAAUUCCUAGUGUCUUAUCUUGCCUUUCAAGAUUUUUGGAAAGUGUAGAGCUAUUUUAUAAGCUUUGUAAUUCAAUAGCCCUUAUACUUAGUAAUUGCUUGUUUCAUGUAACAGAUAAUUUAAAGAAAAAGUUCUUCUUGGGUGUUCUUAGUCUUGAUCAAAUGUCAACAGUUUCAAACCUAAUAUUUAUGACUUUCAUAUUAGGAAUUUAGAGACAAAAAUCCAUCAGGGAGUUAUGUUGACAUAAGCUUAAAAGAGUCUUGUUUGUAUUGUAGAAUAAAAUUAGAAAAUAAAAUUAUUCUCUGCACUUU